AUCCCCGCUGGAUAUAUUUCCCGUGAUGCUCCGCGCGGACGAGCAGCAAGAUGGCGGACGCUCUGGAUGAAUUUGAGAAAGAAGCUGGAUGCGUCCCGAUUCUUCAUCCUGAGGAAAUUAAACCCCAGAGUCACUAUAACCAUGGCUACAGCGAGAGCGUUAGCCGCAAGAGUCAUGUGGACGACUACAGCACUUGGGACAUUGUCAAAGCCACCCAGUAUGGCAUUUUCGAGCGGUGUCGUGAGCUGGUGGAGGCCGGAUAUGACGUGCGUCAGCCGGAUAAAGAAAACGUGACACUUCUACAUUGGGCGGCGAUCAACAACCGCGUAGACCUGGUCAAAUAUUACAUAUCUAAAGGGGGCGUAGUGGAUCAGCUGGGAGGAGAUCUCAACUCCACGCCGCUGCACUGGGCUACAAGACAGGGGCAUCUGUCCAUGGUGGUGCAAUUAAUGAAAUACGGGGCAGAUCCAUCUCUGAUCGACGGGGAGGGCUGUAGCUGUGUGCACCUGGCCGCUCAGUUUGGACACACUUCGAUUGUGGCCUACCUCAUUGCUAAGGGACAGGAUGUGGAUAUGAUGGAUCAGAAUGGAAUGACCCCUUUGAUGUGGGCGGCGUAUCGGACACACAGCGUUGACCCGACGCGUCUGCUGCUGACGUUUAACGUGUCUGUGAAUCUGGGUGAUAAGUAUCAUAAGAACACAGCUCUGCACUGGGCCGUUCUGGCAGGAAACACCACCGUCAUCAGUCUGCUGCUGGAGGCCAAUGCUAACGUCGAUUCACAAAACAUUAAGGGCGAGACGCCGCUGGAUUUGGCCAAACAGAGGAAAAACGUGUGGAUGACAAAUCACCUGCAGGAGGCCAGGCAGGCCAAAGGUUACGACAGCCCGUCGUACCUGAAACGACUCAAAAUGGACAAGGAGUUCAGGCAGAAGGUGAUGUUGGGAACUCCAUUCCUCGUGAUUUGGUUUGUGGGAUUCAUCGCUGAUCUGGACAUCGACUCGUGGCUCAUUAAGGGUGGGAUGUAUGUAGCUGUGUGGCUUGUUGUGCAGUUCCUCUCCAAGUCUUUUUUUGAUCACUCCAUGCAUAGUGCUCUUCCUCUGGGCAUCUAUCUGGCCACUAAGUUCUGGAUGUACAUCACCUGGUUUUAUUGGUUUUGGAACGAUCUCCCAUUCGUCACCGUCCACCUGCCCUUCCUGCUCAACAGUCUCGCUCUCUUCUACAACUUCGGCAAGUCCUGGAAGUCUGACCCUGGCAUUAUCAAAGCAUCUGAGGAGCAGAAGAAGAAGACUAUAGUUGAGUUGGCAGAAACCGGCUGUCUGGAUCUCAGUAUAUUCUGCAGCACCUGUUUGAUACGAAAGCCAAUCAGAUCGAAACACUGCGCGGUGUGCAAUCGAUGUAUCGCCAAGUUUGAUCAUCACUGCCCAUGGGUGGGCAACUGUGUAGGAAGUGGAAACCAUCGUUACUUCAUAGGCUACUUAUUCUUCCUGUUGUGUAUGAUCUGUUGGAUGAUAUACGGCUGUAUUUGCUAUUGGAGGAUUCACUGUGCUACGAGCUACACUAAAGACGGCUUUUGGAUGUACAUCACUCAGAUCGCCACCUGCUCGCCGUGGAUGUUCUGGAUGUUUCUCAACAGCGUGUUUCACUUCAUGUGGGUCGCUGUGCUCAUCAUGUGCCAGCUUUAUCAGAUCGCUGUUCUGGGCAUCACUACAAAUGAGAGAAUGAACGCCAGGCGAUACAAGCACUUUAAAGUUACAGCCACAUCCAUCGAGAGCCCAUUCAAUCACGGCUGUAUGAGGAACCUCAUCAAUUUCUUUGACCUGAGGUGCUGCGGUCUGCUUCGGCCUGUGGCGGUGGACUGGACCUCUCAGUACACAAUAGAUUACGACCAGACGUCCGGCUCGGGAUACCAGCUGGUGUAGCGUGAAGGAGCGAGCGAGCGAGCGAGCGAGAGAGAGAGAGAGAGAGAGAGAGAGAGAAAGAAAGAAAGAAAAGGGGAGAGGUUUUCCUCACAGAGAGACUCCAAACCUCAUCCCGAUACGUCAGGAUACGCAUGCUGUUAUCGGUUACCAUCACCACCUGCCCACCGCGACCAGCCCCCCUCCCCCUGCCGUAGACGGCACUGAGACGCAGGGUUGAGAGGAACAGGAAGAGGAGUUUAAUGACAUCAGAGGCACACAGCGUAUGCAGUAAAACAAACGGAAGUAACUCCUCCGCUGGACAGAAGAAACGGUUUUGGGUUCGCACAUCGAAUGCUUUUCGGUUGUUACUUUUAUGUUUGUUUCCUGUGAAUCCUUUUCUGUUGCAUUUCUCAUUUUAAGGUCCUGGGACAACCUGGAACUCUACAGGACAUGAAAUUUAACAGCGCAAGGCGGUGUUUUUAAAGGGUCAGUUCACCCAAAAAUAAACAAAAACUAAAUUACUUCAAAAUUUCUCUUGUGCUCCAUUGCUGUUUAUUUUUGGGUGAAUUGUCUCGAGUUCAUCUGAUCAUGAUUCUUUAUGAUGUUUUGCUACACAGACAUCAUACAGACCCAUGUUUACAUGACUAGACAGGUGCCCUUUUAAAUAAUGUGAUGUAAACAUAUUUAUUUUAACCUAUUUAUAGAGUAUUUUUCAAAGAGUAAUUAUGGUACCAUGUGGUCAUUUUACAUAUGUUUUUAAACAUAUAUGUACAUUUGCAGCAUGUUCAAUAGUUUAGAUAGCUGAAUGUCAUGAAACCGGUCAAAAACAUGUCCGACUAAUAUUUUACCCCCAAAUCAAAAGAAAGAUGCAAGACAUUAUAUUUUGCAAAGAGAAAAUCGAGCUUUUAUGAACAGCCGUUCAAAGCCUAAUUGUAAUGAAUUAAUUCAUCUGGUUUUUAUUUCAGUAUUGGGAAUAUUGAAUUAUGCUGAUUUAAAUGACAGUAAUAAGAAUCUAAAGGGAAUCACAUUUUCGAAACAAGCUUAAUUUUCCUUUUUUUAUUUGGGGGUGAAAUAUUAAUCAUGUCACGCUUUUGACCGAUUAUGUGAGAUUCAGGAUUGAAAAGAAAUAACACACUCAUAUGUGAAACUCUAUAUUUAUUAAAUAUGUGUAGUUUUAGUAAGUGUCUACAUUGUAGUUGGAUCUGAUAGUUCGUUUCUUUUAUUUUUUGGUGGCAACUUUGCCUCAAACAAUGCACUGAUCUUUUUUCCUCGUCGAUAAAGAAUCGAGCUCAAUUUCCCGCCAACCCUCCAAGGGAUGGUCAGAAUCGAGAGGAAGCUCCUCCUCCUUUUCCUCUCCUGCAUUUCCUCUUCCUGCGUGUGGCGUUGUCAUAGCAGCAGCCGACGGGAUAAACUCAUGUAAAGAAUGUGCAUCUGUACAUAAACCGAUAAGAUUGAUUUCCGUGAGUGACUUUUCGUUUGUUUUUAUUAUGUCUGUGUUAGUUGAAGCUGCUCCACGUUUUCUUUUUUAUCUUACCAAAAUGCGGCGAAAAAAUGGACUAUGAUUAUGAGUUUAUGUGGCUUUUAGUGACGUCUGCCACUGCUGUGUAUAGACCUCUUUUACCCUGCAAGUCUCCACUGCAUGUGUAAAGGCCGGACCUGUGGCCGUUACCAUAGUGACCACUCCUCCCAUCCCAGAGACAUCUGUAAAUAGUGAAUGUUCGGUAUUUGCAAGUGUAUUUUUUUCUUAUUUUUUUAUCCAAUGUGUGUAGCGUUAUUGCGUAUCCCUUGGUCUGCGGAUGCUCUGCAGAUGUAUUAUAUCUGAAUGUUUCCACUCUCAUCCAUUUAUCUGAAGAGUUUUUUUUGUAUGUUUCAUUGCUGGGUUUCUUGUACCCUUGGAUGUACAAAUUGUAAAGCAAGCGGCAGUACAGUAGACGCAAGAAACUGUCACGACGUAACGUGAUGACAUCAAGAGGACGCCACGCAUCAUCACUAAUGGACCUAUGGAGGAGCCCCAUACUGUAAUACCUUAAUUAGGCAUAGUAACCUUCAUCCUGGGGAAGAGAAUAUAUGCGUGACACUGUUUUUACACCAUAUAUACAGUAUCCGCUUUGUUGUUUCCUAUGCCGGCUGUUUCCCCACCGUGUGAAAAGCACAUGCUCAUCUCCAGUGCCUCAGCUGAGAUCAGGACAUCACCUUAACUCUGCUUCACAUGUAAACUUAUUGGGCAUGGUUCAAUUUUAAUGGCUUUAUUAAUAAAACGUUUAAAGGUGA